CAGAGAACGAGAGAGGAGCCACUUACCUGUAUCUCAAAACACUAUCUGGAUUGUGGGAGGCAGAGAAGGAGAGAGGAGCCACUUACCUGUAUCUCAAAACACUAUCUGGAUUGUGGGAGGCAGAGAACGAGAGAGGAGCCACUUACCUGUAUCUCAAAACACUAUCUGGAUUGUGGGAGGCAGAGAACGAGAGAGGAGCCACUUACCUGUAUCUCAAAACACUAUCUGGAUUGUGGGAGGCAGAGAACGAGAGAGGAGAGAGAGGAAUGGAGAGAGGGAUUAGAAGCUAAUCCAGGACACGGCCAAUCCCAGAGGAGCUCCUUUUCUUCCAAGACACAGACACAACAGUCGCACGGAUUACUGCACUUUAGUGUAUUGCCUUUUUUUUUAAAGAAGCAUUAUCCCUUUUGUAUAGUGUUUCAUUGUCCCUAAAUGCCUGGUGUCCCGGGCCUGUGGUAAAUGUGCUGAAUUCUACAACAAAGGAUAAAAGAGGACAACAGUCCCGGUGAGAGGGGAGCGAAGUGACAGGAUGUCCCAUGGACUGUCUGGUGCCACACGCAGAUAAAGCGCUUUAGUGGAGACGACAUGUGUGAACGGACCCCCUGCUCUUUCUGCUGGGUCUCAGAGGGACUGAAAGCUGAACACCCCUGUGGACUGUACAUUCAAGAUCAAACUUCUAUGAGUGAAUACUAAAACGACUGAGUGGCUAGUGAGUGACAGGUUGGAGAUAUUUUAGUUGUUGAUUACAGGGGAGAAUAAGGUGAGGUUGCUUUCAAAGCAGGAUUACAAAUUAGUUUCUGGAAAAACUUACUGUAUCUGAAGGGAAGAAGGACUUGAUUGAGGAGACUUGCGGCAGCCUAGAAACCUCUAUCAUUAACUGGAAGGAUCUGAGUUCAUGUGUGUAGGUGCAUUAGAGAAGAUUAUUAGCUGACAAUCAAAGGUGUCAGCCUAUUGAGUCACUCCUCAAUAAGCCAUAUCUAAAGUGACCUGGUUGGUGAGAGUUGUUGUCUUGGUGUUGUGUUGGUGUUGAAACCUGUAGUGGUGAGAAGAGAAAGCACUGGGUGAGAGUGAGGUGGUAAUAAAGGUUGUUUUAAAGCUGACAUAAUCCCAUUACAGUUCCUUAAAAAGUUAUUUAUAAUCUCCAACAACUUUAUUGGACAGAGCACACAGGGCCAAGCAGCUUAAACAUAACCACUUUCAGAUGUAUAACACAGCCUGACUCCUAUCCACUGUAUUGUGUACUGGAUGGUUUUCACAGAAAGGGGUCUCUAGGUAACACUGCCUGACUCCUAUCUACUGUAUUGUGUACUGGAUGGUUUUCACAGAAAGGGGUCUCUAGGUAACACUGCCUGACUCCUAUCCACUGUAUUGUGUACUGGAUGGUUUUCACAGAAAGGGGUCUCUAGGUAACACUGCUGGCUGUCCAGCUUUGACAAAAGAUAUUGGUGCUCAUUUUAAAGGUAGGUAUAGACUUCAGUUUGGACUGAUCCUAAAAAGACAAGAACAAGAAUAUUUUGUAAAGCCUCAUUGCUUAACUUUGAGAGGGAAGUUUAAGGACCUGUAUAUUUUUGUUGCUGAAGGGAAAGGUGCAUUUAAAUGACCUAAUUAUAGAAAUUGCUGUGCACAUCUAAGAUUGAUUUAGCUCUAGAAACGUUCACAGGUAUGAGCUUGCCAACAGAGAGAGCAUCAUAGUUAUAUUGUUAGUGUUCACAAGCAGAAACACAAGUUCAAAAUAACAGUCAGGCAAUACUCCAAUCCACAAAGAGUGAAAUGUAUUUUGUCUGAUGGACAGAAUAUGAGCAUCUCUUGGUAUUCUCUCACUCUUUCACUGCACAAAUACUGGAUGAGUUAUGUUUCACUGUCAGUAUAUAUUUGGAGCCGCAACUGGAUAUAUUUUCUGAACUGACAUUCAAAAACCCACCGUCUGGGAAAAGAACAGUGGAUCCCAAGCUCUCAGACCACAUAGGCUGUGGUUAUUCCAGAAUCCCUGGGAUGUGUCAUUCCUCUUCUUUUUAUUCCUCAUGACUGAAAGCUGCUGGGAAGGAGGACAGGAUUUCUUUGAGGCUGGAGUCAUUCUAAAGCACAGAAUUGAUCCUGAGAUAGAAAGCUUUGGAUGUUGACUGACCCCAUAGAUAACCCAUCAUUCAGCUGAAAACUUCAGUGGGACUUCCUAAAGCCAAACUGCAGGCUUACGCUCGAUGAAUAGCUGGCACUUGCUGCCGUGUGGAGAAUGGAUUCUACACACAUUCUCAGCACAUCAUUUGUGUUUUUCUUUUUUUUAAGGAUCCAGAAAGUUGUUUUACGUGUCUUUUAACACUAAUUUUACAUUGGAAAAGUUGACUGAUUUCUUACUGGAUUUAUUAUCCCCGUGAUUAAUUAUAUUUAAAGGGUAUUCAUCUCUGCUACCAUGAGUCUGGGAAAACUGCCAGGGAUUAAAGGCCUAGGGUCGGGCUCUCAGGGGAAGAGGCGCUUUAAGAGCGAACUCUCCGUGGACAUGAUCAGCCCACCGCUCCCAGACUUUCGCCACACCAUGCACGUGGGCCGCGGUGGCGAUGUGUUUGGAGACACCUCCUUCCUUAGCAAUCAUGGGGGCAAAGGGGAACCAGUGAGCCCCGAUUCACCCACCAGUAGCACGAAGACCACCCGCUUCUUCUCCCGCACCCUGAGGCAUGUACGCAGGUCCCCUGUGCCCCGUGCCAGGAUCGGUUCCCGUGACCUUUCACCCCCACCGCCUCCUGUCUCACCCAUCAUCAAGAACGCCAUCUCACUACCCCAGCUGAACAUUGACAUGCCCAACGGCUACCAGAGGGUGUUGUUCCCCAGCUCAGAGAGCUCCCCAGAUACCUCCCUCUACAGCUACGGUCUGCAGUCUGGUUUCGUCACACUACCCCGCCACUCCCGCCUUGAUAAACAGCUGCAGGACGGCACCGGACUGUUCGCUCAGGACUUUCGCUGUGGCUCGCUCCCAGACAACGGCUUCGCGCUAACGCGCUCCGACUCCUUCACCUCGUUCACAGUGGACCUUGGCCCCUCCCUCAUGAGUGAGGUUCUGGGCAUGAUUGACAGCCCCAGUUGCCUCACUAUGCCCAAUCACAGCUGGGAGUUGGGGGAAGAGGAAGAGGAGGAGCAGAGCUCUGUGUUUGAGCUGGCUGUGCCUAGCCCCAUGCUAAGCUCAUCAAACCCUUCCAUGUCAAGCACUCCACUCAAAGUGAAUGUGAACAACAGGGGAGAGGAGGAGGAUGGGAGGUCUCUUGAGACACCAGAUGCAUCUAUGGGGUCUCCUACACAGGUAGAACCAGUUAUGGAAGCUGAGAGGUUCCAGAGAGCAGCUGACAUGCUGGCGCGUCACUAUGGGGGAGGCUCCUUCUCCAGGAGUCAUCGCAGCGAUUCUGCCUCCUCCUCCUCACCUCUCAGCCAGCCUAAAGUCCCCUACGCCUUCCCUGAGGAAGAGGAGAUCAAAGUCUGAAACAUUUACCAAAUGUCUGUCAUUGUGAGGAGAAGAAUCCAUUUGAUCAUUAGACUACUUACUGGGGGACCUUGGUUCUGAAUCCUUGCACUCAAGACCUUCUGAGGGAUCCAUGUUUUUCAAUAAACCUUUUACGUGAAUGAUUUGAAUUGGAAAAAUCCUCAUAAGAGCUCUCGUCUACCAUCUAACAACUGGAUCAAUACUGUCUCUUGUUCAGUUCUAGAGAAGCUUGUCUAGAGUUUCUCAGACAUGAUCUGACAGCAACAUUGGACAGGGUAUAUAUAAAAAUAAACUUUAACAUGUCAGAUUCCAUUAUAUCUUCAUAAGAAAUAUACCUUAUACUAAGCAGAUUCCAUUAAACUGUCAUUAAAUUCUGGGAUGGAACGAUCUCUUGAUAUCGUGCAACUCUGUGCUAUAGCAGCUGCAGUACAACAGUCACACAAGAUGCCAUACAACGACCAGAAGGAAGGACACAGUGAUGAGCCGAGGCUGUGUCUGUCAAAAGCACUCAGUGGUCAUUCACAGACAUGCCACACGGAUGAAGGAACAUAAUACAUUUUAUUUUUAGAAGACAAAGGAAGGAUUUCCAGCCUAAUGACACACUCCUGUGAAAAGGAUUGAAAAGGGAGAUAAAACAUGACUAACAGUAUGUGGAUACUAAAGGGACAAUACAUUUUGUUUCCAUCCACCUGAUCUAAAUUGACAUAUCUUCAGUGACAAAAUCAUCUGUUAGACCGAACACAAAGCCAGUUUCAUAAAUGAUCAUUUCCUGAGAAAAGUUUGAUAGGAAUAAAGAUUCUCACUAACAUCUGAAUUAAUAUCAGAGAUGGCACUGCAUGCUAAGGUUGAAAUGAAGGGUGUGCCCUGUAAAGCGUAUCAAACUAAUUUUGGACACACAGCCCUAUAAUAGUUUAAACGUAUAGCUGCCUUAGUGAGUUAUUGUCAACUACUUUUUCCAAGUAUGUUUGUUCUCAGUGUUAUGUUCAUACAUGGCAGUAUAAUUUAAAUAACAAGGAAACAAAUGCAUUGUCAUACAUGAAGGUAAUCAAAUGAAGUUGUAUAUUAGCUGUUCAUAAGACUACAGGUACCUGACUUAAAAUGACCAGUACAGACAUGUGAUGUCACAUAUGAAUACAGUAUGUAUACGGAAUGAGAUACGAUUGUCUAAUUUGAUCCAUUUACCAGUAGCUGUCAUAUUCUUAAUAAAUACUGUUUUU